CCGUUGGCUAUGCGCUCCGAGGUACGCCGCAAUCUAGUUAAAACAAACUUGCACCGAUUUUGAAACUAGGUUGCCACCCUGCGCUUUUUAAAAUCCAAAACUGAAAUCCCGGUCCCUGAGAUUUUAUAUCAUGACGUUGACGCAGACGGAAUGGUCGGGGGUGAAUGGAUGAUCAUGGAAUAUAUCGACGGCGAUAAUCUUUCGACAAUAUGGAGAUCCCUCGAUGCCAAGCGCCGCGAACAGGUCUGUGUAGCCAUUGCGGAUGUAUGGUCUCAGAUAAUCAAUGUCAACUUCCAUUCGAUCGGAAGUCUGUACGAGAGGGGAAGCGGAGACUUUUACAUUGGUCCCAUGACGCGUCUGGCGUCGAACCGAAAAACAUCUAUUUCCCCACCGCGACUCGAAAAAUGUGGUCCAUUUUCGAAUGCGAAGGAUUGGCUCCUCGCGACUGCGCGACGUGAUUUAGAUUAUUUGGAGGCACCCUCAGACGACGCUAACCAAAAGCAGCGUUUCAUCAACGAUGUUGUAUCUAGCAUCCAGAACUUCGACUUUCCUUCUCAACUUGAGGAUCUACCCAUCGUCCUCGAGCAUAUAGACUUUGCACCGCGUAACAUCCUCGUCAGCCGGACAGACCCGACAAAGAUAAUAACGGUCGUUGACUGGGAAGCCGCGCGCGCGGUUCCGAUGUGGGCUGCAAAUCCCAAUUUCACCUUCCCACCGUUGUCAGUGACAGACGAAGAGAGGCAGCACCUGCUCACCGUAAUAACGGAUCGUAUCAUAGCGAAGGUUCCUGCUUGGGCGAGGGCGAUAGGACAAGACACACAACCUCUGCGAAUCUUGAAUGAUCACGCAAUCUAUAGUACCGUCAAUCCUAGCAUACUACUCCCUGCCCCAUACUUAGCCUUGUCGGGUUCGUAUUGAACGCGUUACGUAGAUAACAGACCAUACAUGGACCUUUGUAUAUAUAAUAAUGUUUCGACUACCACAUCGAAGCAGUGUAUCUGAGAUGGCUUUGCGAUGG